ACAGAACCAAACAACAACAUGUUGCCUAGGACACAAAACUACGAGUUGCCAAUGUGCCCUGCAUGUGAUGCACAUUAGAUACGUAUACACCCAAACAUCAUUUGAAGUAUGUUUGUUAAAUAACACUUACUGAUGGAAGUAAGGUCCAAUGUACACCUCUCGGUCAGAUUCCUUAAGCCAUCUUAGAAGAUAUUGUUCGCAUUCGCUGCGUCUUUCCUUUGAACAAACCAACGACUGUGGCUCAAGGAAUGCAUACAUGAAACCUUGACUGAAUAUCUGACUCCACUCAUGAAUAUACCUAUUCACAUGAUUUGAAAGUAUUGUAGUGGAUCAUGAUAUAGAAUGAAUGACGAAUAAAUAAAUGAAGGAUUUGACUUACAUUAACCAUAAUUGUAUGACAGAUAUGUUCAGACUUUUGUCUCCUGCUAUUAUUUCACUAACAUCUGAAUAUGUAAUGAAUAUCGAUGCAGAUGCAUCUACAAUUCCAAGAAAGCUCCCAUCAAAGUUGAUUUCAAGUGGGUUGUCGUAAAUAUCGAAACUAUACUUUAUCAAUCCACGCAACGGAUCAUCUGCGUCCACAUUAGUCGGCUUCGGCACAUGUGCAUCCUCGUUGUGUGGAAUACUUUGUGGAACCUACAUGGUUAAUGAAAGUGGACUAUCAGCAACUCGUUAUUGUUGUUCCCUAAUUACUAGCACCAAAUCCUUGCAGCAUUUCCAUUUCAUUGACACGAGUGCAGGGCUUCAGACCUUCAAACCAAGUCUUUUAGGUUCUCCUGGAUCCUUCAAGUGGGAGGGUGUGCAAGGAUCAUUCACUCCAUUAACCUCUGUUAAAAGGAUAUCUCAGAAAAAAGACUAUGACAUUGCCCUUGUUGGGGCCUUUAGAAGGGAAAAGGACAAAGAGAUGGAAUUACAGGCACUAAGAGAUGAAAUUCAAGCGUCCAUGAAGCUGGUGAGACAAAGAGAAGAUGACAUACAAAGUUUGAAGAUGAGACUACGUUUUCGAGAAGCUGGAAUAAAAAGAUUAGAAACAGUUGCUUCUGAGAAGAUCUCAGCUGAGACACACUUGCUAAAAGAAAAAGAGGAGCACUUGAAGGAAAUUGAGGUCUUGCGGGCCUAG